UCUCUCUCUCUCUCUCUCAAUCUUUUUUGGUUUAUUUCCGAGCCCAUCUCCCCUUACCUACGCGUCCUACCAGAAUAGCUCUAUACGGAGCAAUCAGGUGGCACCAACUCAGAGAGGAGAUCUCGACAGCAUCGUUUCAACAUGCCAUCGAGGAGGUGCCGAUGUACUCUCAGCACUCAACGCUGGGCUAUUCUAUUCAAACGGUAAUAAUGAGUGACCUCAGAGUUCAGCCUUUACCUCCAAGGGCAUUUUACUAAGCUGAGGAUGAGUUUCACGCUCCCCAAAAGCGAAUCGACGACCUCUUUACUGAGAUCCUCCGCACCGGCCAGAAGCGCGGCUCAGCCUCACGAUCAUCCCGGAGCCCGGCGGACACACCAUCAGCGAUCCGCGGCGGCAUCUGGAGCGGAGCCGGGGGACGGCGAUGCGAGCUCGCGGAGACCCCUGUGUCACCCCUCACUGGUCGGUACCCGGAAUAGCGCAGAGAAGAGCCACCCACAAUACUCCCACUCCCAUGGACACGCUCUUUCAACGGCUCACAGUCAGGAAGACCUGUCAGAGCUUCCAGGUGGAAGGGAACGAAGGACAGUCAGACGGCACCAUCAUCAUCAUCAUAAUCGUCAUCAUCAUCACCAUCACCACCACCGGUCCACCCGGGACGACCUGCCCCAAGAGCCCCGACCCAAACACUCUCACGCCGCUCGCAUGCCCACCAGAACUCAGUCUUUUUCCGAGUCCAGGGACGAAACGGCUCUCUUUUUUGAGUCACCACGUCUGACUCGACCGGGGUCGUCAGCGAGCAGAGAGGCGUGUCCCCCCUCCACCGCCUCAUCCUCGCCGGUGCCCGCAUCCUCCAGCCGCUCCUCCCGGAGAUCAGGGCGGUCCAGCGCAGCAUCUUCUGAAGCGGAUUUCAACCUGCGCCCAUACCUCAGCUCAGUGUUUGGACAGUUUGAGCCUGAUGAAUCGUGA